AUGGUUCGCCGGCGAAGUCGCGUCGUGCUCCUCGUCGCCGUCGCCAUCGUCUUCCUCCUCUAUCGCGUCUUCCAAAACUCCGACUGGGACCCCGCGCGAGCUCCCACGUCUCCCAAGACCAACAUCCCCGCCGGCCACAGCCACCCCGUUGAGCACCCCUUUGAGGACGAGCACGAGCAGAACCCCAUUCCGCCCGCCGCCGCCGCUGAUCAGAAGGCCGACUCGAAACCUGUUGUUAUUCCUGAUGCCGACACCAACCCUCUCUUGACCCCCGGCACCGGUGAUGCUGCUGUCCCCGAGCCUGAACCCAAGCCUGUCGGUCUCGCCUCGCCACCCGCUAAUGACCCUCCUCGCGAUGAUCCCUUCAGGGACACGACCAAGACCGGCCCUGCUCUUCCUGAACCCGACACUGGCAAGCCUGAGAAGUCUGACCAGGUUCUCCACCCUGAAGAAAUUCACAUCCAGAAGCCUCCCAGCCGUCAGCCUCAGGUCACCGAUCCGACCGAUGCCUCCAAGACACAAAUCCAUUGGCGCAAGCAGACCGAGCACUUCCCCGUGCCUACCGAGUCCAUCAUCCCUCUGCCCACCGGCAAGCCCAAGCCGUUCCCCAAGAUCCAGCACGUCUUCACCCCCGAGACUGAAGCGGCUGCCGUCAAGGAAACGCGCCAGAAACGCCUCGCGCUCGUCAAGGCCGAGGCCAAGCGCUCUUGGGAUGGGUACCGCAAAUUUGCCUGGACUCACGACGAGCUGUCGCCCGUGAGCGAGCGCUUCCGUGACCCCUUCUGCGGAUGGGCUGCCACCUUGGUUGACGCCCUCGACACGCUGUGGAUCAUGGGUCUGAAGGACGAGUUCAAAGAAGCUGCCGAGGCCGUUGCUGAUAUUGACUUUACCUACAGCGACAAGCGCCGUGACAUACCCGUGUUCGAGACUAUUAUUCGCUACCUCGGUGGUCUGCUGGCCGCAUACGACGUGAGCGGCGGCCACGAGGGCGACUACCCUGUCUUACUCAACAAGGCGACGGAGCUCGCCGAGAUCCUUAUGGGCGUCUUUGACACACCCAACCGCAUGCCAAUCCUGUACUACAACUGGAUGCCUGACUUUGCCUCGCAGCCUCAUCGUGCUGGCUCGGGCAGCAUUGCUGAGGUUGCGUCCAUGUCGAUGGAGUUCACGCGUCUGGCGCAGCUGACGGGGAACAACAAGUAUUACGAUGCCAUUGCGCGCGUGACCAAUGCUCUGAGGGACCUCCAAGAGCGUGGCACAUCCAUCCCUGGCCUCUUCCCCGAAAACCUUGACAUAUCGGGCUGCAACAAGACGGCUACGGCCGCGCGCAAUGCACUUGCCGAGGAGAAGGCCGAAAUGAGGGGCCAAGGAGGAGGCUGCCAAGCUGCAUCAACCCCAAGGUUACAGGAUGAUGAUGGGUCUGCUCUGCCCAAGGUCGUCGCCCCGGCCGCGAUCAAGGCCGCGGAUGACGCCCCGGCUGUUGAGAAGGAAUCUGCCGCAGGGAGCCAAACAGCUGCCGAUGAAGAACUUGCCGUGGGCGAAGUCCCGGCUUCCAAAUGGUCGAAGCCUGCUGGCGGAACGCCCAACGCCCCUGAGGACCCAGCUGUAGCUCGCCGUGCCCUCCCAGUGGAUCCCGCUGGCGAUGUCCAGGCAGAACUUGAUCCCAACAAGAAGGACAAGAGCUUCCAGACGUCCGACGACUUGCCAUCCUACCCCGGCUCGACCACCGGAGACGAGCGAUCGCAGGCGCCUAUCGCCGCUGACGGCAAGUUCGCCAGCUGGGGACUCAUGGGCGGGCAGCCAGGAUUCGGCGUACGAGUAUUUCCCCAAAGAGGACCUUUGCUCGGCGGCCUGGCCCCCGAGUACAAGGACCUGCACAUUGGCACAGUCGAGGCUGUCAGGAAACAUCUGCUCUAUCGCGCCAUGGCCCCCAAGGAUAGAGACGUGCUCUUCUCGGCUAAAAUCGUGACCUCGGGUGACGUUGCCACUGACGCCCGGCACGAGUACGAGGUCACGCAUCUGACAUGUUUCCUCGGCGGUAUGUUCGGGCUCGGCGCUCAGAUGUACGAUCGUCCUGAGGAUCUUGAGAUCGCCAAGAAGCUGACAGACGGUUGCGUGUGGGCCUACGAGUCGAUGCCGUCCGGGAUCAUGCCCGAAGGGUCAAAUGUCGUUCCUUGCGCCUCGAUGGAGAGCUGCCCAUACAACGAGACCCUUUGGUGGCAGUAUCUCGACCCGUCGGCAGAGUACCGUGACAACAGCGUCAAGGAAUGGGAGGAAAAGCAGGCGCAGAAGCAAAUCAAGCAGGUCGCAAAGCCGGCCGAGGACGACGAACAGGGUCAGCUGCGGGCUCAGCAGGAGGAGCGCAGAAAGGCCGAAGCUGCUGCGGCCGCCCCAGACGAACCCCCGACGGCACCUGCUCCCGGGACCGAGGCCGGGGCGACCAAGGAGAUGUUCAACGACGAUGCGCCUCGCAGGCCUAUGCCUGUCGAUGAUGAAGUGAUGAUCCAGCCAAAUUUCGACGAGGAGGUGAAGCUCCCCGAGUUUGAUGACAUCAAAGUUCCUGAGGUCGAGGUACCUGUGGUCGAGGCGCCCGUGGUCAAUGUUCCUGUCGAGGAAGUGCCUGUGGCGCCAGCUGGAGAUGCCCAUGAAGGGCAUGUCCACGCCAAGAGGGCACCUCCCCCCGUGGAGGACCCGAGCAACCCAGGCACUAUAGACACGCUGGUAACCAAGCAAGUUCCUCCUACAGACAACACGCAGAAUGUUGCGGGUGGCGUCAUCGGGCAAAUGGCCAUCGACGACACUACGGCCCUCACGCCCCCAGCAGCACCAGCGACGAUCCCAGAGCGGCCAGACCCCAAGCCUAUGAACCAUGAGGAGUUCGUCAACAACCGCAUCGAGACGGAGCGCAUCCCGCCCGGCUUCUCAGCCAUCAACCACCGCCACUACAUCCUACGGCCCGAGGCCAUCGAGUCCGUCUGGUACAUGUAUCGCAUUACCGGCGAUCCUAUCUGGCAGGAAAAGGGCUGGCGCAUGUUCGAGGCCGUUGUCAAGGCCACGGCCACGUCCAUCGGCAACAGCGCCAUCGAGGAUGUGACAUCGACGCAGCCGACCAAGAACGACGAGAUGGAGAGUUUCUGGCUUGCUGAGACACUCAAGUACUUCUACCUGCUGUUCGCGGAUACCGAUGUCAUCAGUCUUGAUGACUGGGUGUUGAACACGGAGGCGCAUCCCUUCCGGAGGCCCAAGGAGUAG